GCAGGCUCGCAGAGGGUUAAGCUGUCACUCCUCUGGGCUCAGCUGCCCGCCCGGGGUGGGAGGGGAUCAGGCUGGCGGAGUGAAGCGUGUUUCCUACAAUAGGUGUGCUGGGUGUAGAGGAGCUGAUCCGGAUCUGCUGUGUAGAUGCGGACUCCCCGUCCAGCCGUUAUGCUCCGUCCAUGGUUCCUCCCCGGAGCGCAGAUCAGCUAGACCCGCACACAGCCCGGCCCGACGGAGACGACCAGCCCGUGCCUUGGGAGAUGGGAAACCACGUAGAAAAACUGACCCACCUAAGUUAUAAAGAAGUGCCCACUGCGGACCCUACAGGGGUGGACAAGGACGACGGACCCAGGAUAGGGGUCUCCUACAUCUUCUCUGCGGACGACGACGACUUGGAGGACCCGGUGCAGGAUUCCGUCAAGCAGGGCACCCUAAACCUACAGGAAGAUCUGCAGUACGACCACUGCAACGAGGUGGAGUGCUCGGUUUACUACAGGGAUGAGUGCAUCUACGAGAAGGGCUUCGGCUCCGGAGAGCAGACGACCACCUAUUCCCCGGAGAACCUUCUGAACAAAUGCAAGCCCGGAGACCUGGUGGAGUUUGUAGCCAAGAACCAAUAUCCCCAUUGGGUGGUGUACGUGGGGGACUUCCAAGUGGUGCACUUAUACAGACUGGAGAUCACCAACAGCUUCAUGACCGACGCCAGCCAGGGCAGGAGGGGCAGGAUAGUCAACGACCAGUACAAAUUCAAACCCCUCAUUCCGGAGAUGGUGGUCCAGAACGCUAUGGAGCAAGUGGGGGCCAAAGAGCAGGAGCUCAGCUGGAGGAACUCUGAGUGCUUCGCUGCCUGGUGCCGCUACGGCAAGAGGGAGUUUAAGAUCGGCGGUGAGAUCAGGAUAGGCAAGCAGCCUUACAGGCUUAAAAUCCAGCUCUCGGAAAAGAAAAGCCACACGCUGGAGUUUCAGAGCCUGGAGGACUUAAUCAUGGAGAGGAGACGGAAUGAUCAGAUCGGCAAGGCGGCCGUGCUGCAGGAGCUCUCCAACCACCUGCACGGGGAUGACGAGGUCAGGACCGAUCAUAACGCUAACUGACGGAUUAAAACUGAAGGCUGCGAAAUUGAGCUGUUCUAAGCCCUUCAGGCCGUUUUCAGCGGCUGUUUAAUUCACAUCACAUGUGAAAGGAAAGCUGAUGAUUGUUUUGGCUUGACGUUAACCCUUACCGCAGCCCAGCCUUCCUCCUCUACUGGUUUACUGUAGAGACGGGUUUACAGUUUUCUUUUUUUUGUUUGGAGCCAAUGAAUAGCUUUAUAAGAGAUUUAGAUGAUCUGAUCGCAUUUCAUGAACCAAUCACGUUGAUAUAUAUAUUUUUGUGUACUUAGUGAUUUAAUCCAAGCAUCGUGUAUUUCAGCACUAUGCAUAAAUAUUUUGUAUUUUGGCA